AAUGGCGGGUAAUUAGGCUUCUGCAAAUUUCCUCUACUUAGGUUGGAUGCUUUUUAUCUAUCGAAUACCAAAACCUACUAGAAAAAAGCUAGUGGGAAUUCAAAGGGGACUGACUAGGUGAAGAGAAUCAUGAAUAAUUCAAUCUUUUCUCCCGAGAGCUGGCCUUCAAAACGUUGCCUAUGGCUAUUGUGCUCUUCUCUGAUUCUCUUUCUACACAGCACGGAAAUACUCGUACAAAAAUGACGAUAUACGCAGUACAUCUGUACGUAGUUGAACCGCCAAACCUUUCCAGCGCAUCCUGCCGUCUUUAUUAUCCUGAUUCCGGGGGCUCUCUGUCUUGCAAUUCGAUCUGUUCCGGACCAGAAAACUCAUCUUACGCUUUUUUCGAGGGGCUGAAUUUGUCCUGAAAUAGAAGGCGAUCGGAACCUCUGGAAGUUCUAAGGAGGAAAGGCGUCAAAAAUGGGGCAGGAAGAGGCUAAUUUGAGGGAGCAUUGCAUAGAUUCCAAUGGAAGGGCACAAAGAAGGACAGGAGUUCAACAUCUAAAGAUAUAACUCAGUUGCUUUUGAGAAUUUGUAAAAUUUGCAUAUAUCCUGAACCCAGUUGACUCAAAAGAGAGUAGACCUUGGAGUUUAUGUUCUGUGGUAUUUGAAGUCCUUGUAAAAAUAAGGAACAAAAUUUGGUGAUUGUGGGCAAUUUAGUUCAAUAAGGGAUUCUGAAGGUUGUGAUGUACGAUGCAUUGUUUCAGUAAGAUAUUUUUGGGAGGUGAGAGCGAAGUCUUGUAAUUGUAGGCAAGUGAGAUCAACAAGGGAUUGUGAAGAUUGUGGUUUACGACCCAUUAUUUGAUUAUCUUAGAAAGUUACAGAUUUCAAAGUAAUGGGGAAGAGAACAAAGACUGUUGCAAAGUCUGCAGCUCAUCAGUUGCUCAAAACAAAGGCGAAGAAUAGGGUUGAUGACUUGCAAGGGAUGUUUACUGAACUGCAAAAUGCCAGGAAGGAUAGCCGAGCCAGUGAUGUUGCAGUUUUGGAGGAGCAGGUUCAUCAGUUGUUGCGGGAAUGGAAGACCGAGCUACAUGAGGAGUCACCUACUACAUCUCUGCUGGCCGCAAGCCUAGGUUCCUCAGUAUUGUCUUCUGAUAUGCGGCGUCUGUUGCAACUUAAUGAAGAGGAAGAUGAUGCAACCAGUGUUCUUGCAUCACCAGACAGUCCUAAGCUUCGGCUUGAUGAAACAAACCUUGAAGUUGCUAAUCCUACCAGUUUCCAGGAGGACUUCAUUGUGGAAGAUAUGAAUACACAGGAACAACCCACUGACAACAUCAACGGGCAUGAAAAUAUUCUUUCAGAAUCAAUAACGCCAAUUGUUGAUGAGGGUUUAGAUGCAGCAGCCGAGAUGGACAAUGGUUUACUUGAUCUACACCAGGUUUUUAGUCAUAACCUGUGCCUCCCCUUUGACCUAGAUUUUCUGGAAGAAACUGUACCUGAAUAUCAAGGUCCGCGCCUAGGAAUUUGUCCUCCUCCUGCAGCUUUCUUAGGCCCCAAAUGUGCACUUUGGGAUUGUCCUAGACCUGCCCAAGGAUCAGAAUGGUGCCAAGAUUAUUGCAGUGAUUUUCAUGGAAGCCUAGCCUUGAGUGAAGGUCCUCAAGGCAUGUCUCCUGUUUUACGGCCUGGAGGAAUUGAACUCAAGGAUGGCCCACUCUUCGCUGCACUUGGUGCUAAAACUCUAGGAAAAGCUGUUGGAAUUCCUGAAUGUGAAGGUGCAGCCACAGCAAAAUCUCCCUGGAAUGCACCAGAGCUCUUUGACUUGUUUGUCCUUCAAGGUGAAGUUAUAAGGGAGUGGUUAUUUUUUGAUAAACCACGAAGGGCUUUUGAAAGUGGGAACAGAAAGCAGCGAUCAUUGCCAGAUUAUUGUGGUCGUGGUUGGCAUGAGUCAAGAAAGCAAAUUAUGAAGGAUUUUGGUGGUCUUAAGAGGUCCUAUUACAUGGAUCCUCAACCAUCAAAUCAGUUUGAAUGGCACCUCUAUGAAUAUGAAAUGAAUAACUGUGAUGCCUGUGCCUUGUAUAGGUUAGAGUUGAAGCAGGUUGAUUCUAAGAAAAACGCCAAGGGAAAGCUCAUGGCAGACUCUGUUGUUGACCUGCAACAUAAAAUAGGUAGACUAUCUGCAGAAUUAUCUGGUGAGACAAAAGGAAAUGUGAAAGGACGAAUGAAACUAACACAGAAGAAUAGUAGCAAAUAUGCUCUUCCUACUCCUGAUCAGGUUGCGCCUGUAACUAACAAUUUUGUCUAUGGGCCAGGUGUCCAGUAUGGUUACUUCGUAGAAGAAACAGAUGGAUAUUAUAGAACUUAACAAUGAUUUGAAGCAGAUCAGUUAUUCCACAGCAGUUGAUAGUAUUAGUAGCAGCUAUUCGGUCUAUAAUAUAAUUUUGACUUGUUGGUAGAUCUAGAACGGGAUCCUGUAUAUAUUAAUUCUGUUUUAUCAAUCCAAAAGCAUAUGUUUUAAAUGCUAUUUGGAGUUAUGAGAUUACAGCUACCUGUGAAGGAUGUGAUAAUAAAUGUUGGUAUCUUCUAAAAAAGUUAAAACAAUUGCAUCUUAUUAACUGACUGAAGGAUGUUAUGUACAUAUUUCAGAGUAAAUACCAUGUUGGCAAGGUUUAUUGCUUGGAAA